AAUAACAGCGCAGAAAUGAAGGCAAUUUCCUUAAUUGUGGUCGUAGUUUGCCUUAUUGGCCUGGCCCAAUCAUGGACGUGGCCAUGGCAGAAACAAAAGAAACCUUGGGAGAAACCUAAGUUCCCAAUUCCGGUUCCAAAUCCCCGCGAUAAGUGGUGCCGUCUUAAUCUGGGUCCCGCUUGGGGAGGGCGUUGCUAAACAAAUGUGUUCAUUUCAAUAUUAAUCAUUUUAAUUUAAAUAACAAUAAAGUAAUUGAUGCAUAUUA